AAGUCAUCCACUACAGCUCUCAAGAACAAAAGAAAAAUCAGAGAGAGACUGUCAAGAUCCUUCUUCUUCUCUACAAAUCACUCACCUGAUACUCCAGCAAGUCAUCCAGUUAUAUUCGAUCAUGAUCUCUGUCGUUAUCAUCGCUGAGUUACUAGUGGAGUACACGGCUGCUCUCGCUAAACUCACCGUUGGGAUUCUUCCCAGACGUCAAGGCGACAGCAACGUCGUAAGGAUUGGAGGUUUCAUCUUGCCUUGUCCUUCUCCGUCGAGUACUAAUCGGUCGUCUCCCAUACCAGACUUUUCUUCUCAUCUUGUCGACUUUUGAUCUGUAGUUUUUGUCAUCUUUUUUUUUAAUCUAAUAGAAGAGUGGCCGCUGAGAUUUUUCCCUUGAGUGUCUCGAUGCCUCUCAUCCUCUUUGUAAAUCUGUAUGAGAAAAUAUAAUGGAGACUUUAAUGAUUUUGAUCA